AUGGCUGACAUUUAUAACUUAGAGAACCCAAAUAAAAUUAAAGUUUUAAUUUUUAACCACACAAAAUUCAGAAAUCGUCGCGUUAAGUCACGACCUGCUCAAAUCGGAUUAAAUUUAGCAAAUUUCUUUCUCAGUAAUUUCGGUCAAAAUUUCGAUGUUUCACACUUUUACGACUUGUCACGAGAUCAAGUAACGAGCGAACUGAAAAUUGUAGCUGAUGAUGGCUUGAAAUAUUCUGCAGUAAUAAUUUGCAUUUCAUCCCAUGGAAAUCUCAUCGUUGACGAAGACGGGAUUUUUCAUGAAGUUAUUCACGCGCAGGAUGGAUUUUACUACAAAACAGAGCUUUGGAGACAUUUUCACGGCAAACAAGACUGGAAUGGAAAACCAAAAUUAUUUUUCAUUCAAGCUUGUCGCGGAGAAGAUGCCACAGCUGGAGUAAUUAUGAGUCACGAUGCCUGUGAUGCCGAAGAAACAACUCCAAUUUUCACAGAUUUAACUUUUCCCGAUCUUUUUAUCAUGAACGCUUCGCAACAAGGAACCGUUUCGUGGAAAUGCAAUAACGGAGAUUCGCUUUUUGUGGAUGCUUUAAUUAAAAUUUUCAGUGAAAAAAGUUCUCAAUGGGAUUUGAUGUCAAUGGCGGUUGAAAUUUCGGAUCGUGUGGCACGAGAACAUGAAGUUUGUACAAUGAUGGGAGCAGAUUCGAAAUAUAAUUGUUGUCAACAAAUGCCUUGUUUUGAGACAACUUUAACGAAAAGAUUUUAUUUUCCGAAUGCUACGAUGGAGACAAGACUCGUCAAUGGCAAUGAGUUUUAUCGGAAGAUCCAAAAGCCGUUGGCGAUCGUGCUGAAUUACUCCUAUGAAGGAACAAAUUAUCCGAAUAAUGCUGCAAAAGCAAGAAUUAAUAAAAAUGCUGUGAAAGUUGGACUCACAACUGCUGGAUUUGAGUAUAGAAAGUUUUGGGAUGUGACGAAAGAGGAUUUACCGAAAGUUUCAUAA